AUGAUUUGUGCUCUUACUGUUGUAGUUCUUGGACUCUUGGUUGCUGGCCAAUCAGACGCAUUUGAGAUCGUUCCAGCUCGAGUGUCUCACCUAAAGGCGGAUCAUAACGUUUGGAAGCCAUCAGGUGCUGUGAUAUUAAGAGGGGGUGUUGCUUGUGCUCGUGCGUAUCAAGAAUCCUGUCCACAAUGUCCACAAGAAUUAACGGCAGUUUGCACGUUUGAUGGAGGUAAUACAUUUUCACUUCAACAAACACAGUAUCCGUUUUGUGGAAAUCGUGGAGUUGUUAUAAAUAACUCUCUUUUUUGUCCUGCAAGUUUGAAACAAGUUAAUUCGAGUGUGUUGAAUGUUAAUCUCAUUUCUUAUGAUUCGUUGGAUUCUCUGGUGGAAACUCCGAAUGUGGACAAGAUGUGGACAUUUCACUAUUGGCCUGGUGAGGAAGUCACUGACAUUAAGUUUAAAGGAAACACUUUGGCUUUCCCCGAAGAGCAUCUUUAUCUUAUGAAUGCGGUUGUGGUACGCGGAAAUUAUACUGUUGAUCAUGUGCUUUUCAAUUCAUCUGAUGGCCAAAUUUGGAAGGUUCAAAGCCGUAUACCUCUGGAUGUUGCUGACAAAACUGUUCUUUCUCAGACUGGACAACAUCAAAUUGCUGUGUCAGCUUAUACCAAAGGCGAACAUCGUAUUGUUUAUUCCUUUUAUAAAGGAACACGAUGGAGUACCACAAGGCACUUGAAUACAUCUUUUCCACCGGCAACCUUGUAUGUUGGGAAUGGUAUUAUGAUUCAGACUGGUUUGUCAAACCACUCUGCUUCACUCGAGCUGGGUGGAUUUGAUGAGACCAAUUUAAAGCGAAAGGUGUUUCGUCUCACUGAACUUUAUGCAAAUAAGACGGAACACAAUCAACUUCCUCAGCCUUUUACAACUGAAUGUACAGAGGAAGCAUCCUGUUUGACAUCUUCUCAUGUUGCUCUUAUGAGUUUGCAACCAGGCCAUAUAACUGCACUAUUUGAUUUUGUUUCAAAUGAAUUGCAGCGAAAAAUAGUAGCUGCAGUAUCCAUGGUGGUGGACGAUUCAGAAGAGAGGGAGGCGAUUAUUCUUGCGAAGAAGAAAGCCGAGGAGAAUGCCAAGCUAAUGGAGGAAUUAAAAAGAAAGAUUCAACACGAAAAUAAAGAACGAAAAAGAAAAGAACGUGAAGAAAAAAGAAGGGAGGAAAAGAAAAGAAGAGAUCGAUUUCUGAAGGCGGAUAUGGUAAAUAUUGAGGUUGCAACGUCGAGAACGCGGGAAGACGGUGAGAUGAUUGUUGUUAGAGAAGUCGUGGAGGAAAUGAUUGAUAUAGAAAAGAAUGUCUUUUUUUGGUAG